GGAUGGGCUCUAUAUGGGAUGGUGGCUCCUUGGCGGGCUGGGUGGGAAGCCCCGCUGAGGUCCGGGAGCUGUGCGCCCUCACCACACCCUACCACGGGUUCCUGGGGUCCCCAGCCCAUCCACGAGCAACCUUACCUGUUGUGACAGCGCAAAGCCCUAAACUGCGACCCCUGACUCCUAGUGUCACACAGGGUCCCAUUUAGGUCUCUUCUGAAGCCAGAUGCACUCCCCCUCCAUCACUCGAGGGUGGAGCCUCUGUGAACCUCUCUGUGCCUUCUUUUUUCCCCUGGGGUUCAAGUGUUCCCAAUUAUUAGUUGAGAAAAACCUGUGUUACUGGAGGGUGGGUGCUGGCCAGGGUCCAGAAGGUUCCACGCCCUUCUGGCCCAUGUCCUCGUCUGGCAAACAGGGACAAAAAUGGGUCUUGAAAAACAGGCCAGUUCUGGGAGCAGCAGAAUGCUUAGGAUACUGCUAGAGGAGGCUGGGAGAGGAGGGCCUGUCAGAGAACUGUCCAGACCUUAGUCGGGUCCAUAAGCAUGAGGAUGUGGUGGCUUGACUGAGUGCCUGGACCCACGGUGGUGAGGCAAGACUGUGCCUUCUGAAGACCAGUGUGUGAUUGAUGGAGGGACUCCAGGAAGGCAGCUCUAACUACUGCCGUUCCCAACAUCGUGGGUGCUGCUGCUGAGGAGGCCCGUGCCUCUGUGGCCCUCACCAUUGCCCUUGCCUCCCAAUGGCCUCUGCUGCCAGGCCAGAGGCCAGCACUGCUGCCUGAGCCCGCUGCCCCUCUCCAGGACUUGCCGUUCCCUGAUGGGGUAACGUGACAGACGCCCCGGAUCACAGGCUGCCUGCCCACCACAGCCCAGGGCCGCCAGAGUUGGUUAAGUUCAAGUUCAUUUUCUGUUUGGUCCUGAGUGCUGGGUCCAGACCAGAGGGAACUCUCCUCUACCCACCCAUGCAGAGAGGGUGUCCCCAGCGACGGCCCCAUAGAGGACAGUGUUCUGCGGCCAGAGUUACCAACUUGAAGUUCUCUUUGCUCAGUUUUUUUGGUUGUUGUUAUUUUUAUUUUUGCCUCCUUGUAACUACUCCACUCUGAGAGACAGGACUUUGAAGCUGCCCAUUUUACUGGGGGAGGGGGUUUUCUUUCUUUUCCUUUUCUUUUUUAGAAUUGGGUUUUGUCUUGGAAUUAUCAAGCACCAGGCAGCUUUCCUCUCCUCCUCCCAAGUAUUUGCACAAUAUUUGUGCGGGGUGUGGGGACGAGGUUUUAAGAAGGUCUUUUCUUUUUUUGGACAAGCACGGGGAUCUCACUGGACUUGGUGUGGGGGGUUGGGGGACCCCCCGUGCAGCCCUUGCUGGCUGGUCCUCUCUGGGUUCCCGGAGGAGGCAUGGCUCGCAUGAACCGGCCCGCGCCUGUGGAGGUGAGCUACCGAAACAUGCGCUUCCUCAUCACGCACAACCCCAGCAAUGCCACCCUCAGCACUUUCAUCCAGGACCUGAAGAAGUAUGGGGCUACCACCGUGGUGCGUGUGUGCGAAGUGACCUACGAUAAGACCCCUCUGGAGAAGGACGGCAUCACCGUUGUGGAUUGGCCCUUUGACGAUGGGGCGCCCCCUCCUGGCAAGGUGGUGGAGGACUGGCUGAGCCUGCUGAAGGCCAAGUUCUACAAUGACCCGGGCAGCUGCGUGGCUGUGCACUGUGUGGCGGGUCUGGGAAGGGCUCCGGUGCUCGUGGCUCUUGCCCUUAUCGAGAGCGGGAUGAAGUAUGAGGAUGCCAUCCAGUUCAUCCGACAGAAGCGCCGUGGGGCCAUCAACAGCAAGCAGCUCACCUACCUGGAGAAGUACCGGCCUAAGCAGAGACUGCGGUUCAAAGACCCACACACGCACAAGACUAGAUGCUGUGUCAUGUAGCUCAGGCCCUGGCCCUGUCCACCCGUUACUCCCGUGCCUCAGUGUGUCUGUGUCUAAGGAGCCCAGUGGCUGUGUGUGUUCCUGCUCUGUCCCCGUCUGUGCCCACGGCUGUCCCUGGACCUCCUGCCAGUUUCGUCCAGCCCCUCCACCCCCUGCCCAGGCCUUUCCCUGGCCUGUGGACCACAGGUGGGUGUUUUUAACCACUGGGCCCAGGGCUUCAACGGCGCUGCCCUCACCCUAACCUGUUUUCAGCACCUUUUGUUACCAGAUCCUGGGCCUUCAGGUGCUCUGGACUCUCAAGGCAAUAAAUCAGGAGCUGUG